AUGAUGGCGUGCCCUUCGUCCAAAACUAGCCUAGUGCAGGCCAACCUCCACCACAGCGAAACUGCGUCGGCUCAAUUACGCAAGUGGUUGGAGGUUCAAAGGACUGCCAUAGCCUUAAUCCAGGAGCCAUGGGUUGGGUCUGGUAAAAUUAAAGGCCUAAACAACCUAAAAGGUAAGUUAUUCUACAGCUCUGAACACGACAAGCCUAGAGCGUGUAUUUACACUACUAAAGAUAUCUGUGCACAACCUUUAACAGAUUUCUGUUCUAGAGACAUGUAUGCCGUAGCAAUACAGUACACACAGGAGAGUAGAUUAGUCGUCGCCUCGGUCUACAUGCCGGAGGAAGACACUCCUCCCCCUCAUGACCUCAGCAGGCUGGUGAACUUCUGCGAGAGGACCGGACUAGAGGUUGUGAUCGGGACGGACUCCAACGCACAUCAUCCCCUUUGGGGAAUGGAAAAACCAAAUGAACGAGGUAAAGUUUUAGUUGAAUAUUUAUUUAGUACUAACCUAACCAUUUUAAACAUAGGUUCUGAACCUACUUUCAUAAACAAACGCUGUCGCACUAUAAUCGACCUCACACUUGCAACAGAAGGAGCAGCCAAACUAAUUACGGGAUGGCAUGUGUCGAGAGAGGCCUCAUGCUCAGACCAUAGAUGGAUCUGCUUCGCACUACAGGUCGAUAUCCCCUCUACACCACCAUGGAGAAAUCCCCGCAAGACAGAUAAAACUAAAUACCUAAAUAGGCUGACGUCUUUGCUAGCGGAUUUUGAGGGGAUAAAUACUAUAGCAGAUCAGUCGCUCCUAGAAGAACAGGUAGCAGCUGUUACUAAGGCCAUGAUAGACAGCUACCAUGAAUCAUGUCCAGAAAUCACUCCACCAAGACAUGCCGAGGUAAAACAACCGUGGUGGGGUAAAGAACUCGAUAGAAAACGUAAGAAGGUAAGAAAAGCUCUAAAUAGGGCCAUGAAUACCUCAAUGGAUGAAGACUGGCUAUUAUAUAAGAAAGCUAAGUCUGAAUACAAAAAAUGUAUCAGGUAUCGACGCUCGAUUGGGUGGCGUAAAUUCUGUGGCAACAUAGAAACCUGCAAACAAGCAAAUAGGAUUAGGAAUAUUCUAGCUAAACAGAACACGUCGGGAUCCAUGUCUCUAAAGAAACCCGACGGUAGCUACUCAACAUCGCCGGAUGAAGCCCAACGCAUCCUAAUUGAAACGCACUUCCCAGGUUGCUGCGUAACCCAGGAGGCAAACCGGCAUGACGACAUACUGACAUCAACAGCAGAAGACUGGAAUUUAGCACAGAGAGUGGUAACGAUGGACAAAAUCCAUUGGGCCAUUCACAGUUUCCUCCCCUAUAAGGCGGCAGGACCCGACGGCAUAUUCCCGGCACUCCUACAGUGGGGGGAUAAAGCCCUAAUAGUCAGACUUGCUGCCAUAAUGCGAGCCUGUCUUGCUCUUAAAUAUGUUCCUAGGGGAUGGAGGGAAGUGAAAGUUACAUUCAUACCCAAACCAGGUAAGAGCGACUACACUGACCCUAAAUCCUACAGGCCCAUUAGCCUCACAUCCUUUCUCCUAAAGACGAUGGAGAGGAUGUGUGAAAGGGAAUUAAGGGGGUCGGCGCUAAUGAACUUACCACUACACGACAAGCAACACGCCAACAGUCUAGGCAAAUCAACAGAAUCGGCCCUUCAUAAGGUAAUUACAAAGAUUGAAGAGGCCAUCCAAAACAAAGAAAUAUGUCUAGGUUCCUUCAUAGAUAUAGAAGGUGCUUUUGACCGAACGAACUUCUCCAGCAUAAAAGGUGCACUCGGUAGACACAAAGUUGAACCGGCACUGAUCGACUGGAUAGUUUACAUGCUCAGUACACGAAUAAUAAAGAUUGCUGGUGAAUCUCAACCAAUCCAAAUUAAGAAAGGCUGCCCGCAGGGUGGGGUUCUCUCACCUCUCCUGUGGAAUAUGGUCAUUAAUGAACUCAUCAGCAAAUUAAAUGACAAUCACUUCUAUACAGUAGGUUAUGCUGAUGACCUGACAAUACUGGUCUCUGGAAAGACAGCAAGCAUAGUGUGCGACCUGACCCAAGCGGCUCUCCGUAUAAGACUGGCAUGUAUGGCUGCUACAGGCUGCAUGAGAACUACGCCAACAGCAGCCUUAGAAGCGAUGCUGGAGCUAACUCCGCUUCAUCUACAUAUACAACAAGAAGCGACUUUAGCUGCCAUCAGACUCAAGACCCUAAAUCUUUGGAGUAAGAAUAGUGUCCCUCAUACAGGCAUAAUUGAUAGAAUUCACUCAAAAAUUCCUAUCCUACAAGCCAAAUACGAUAGGAUUCCUAAACAAUUUGUUUUCGAUAAGAAAUACAAGAUACAGUUAAAUGAAAACAGUCAGCCGGAAGGAUUAAGCCCAAAAGAGCUUAGAAUUUUCACCGAUGGUUCUAAAACAAAUGAAGGUGUAGGUUGUGGAGCUUUCUCUGAAGACCUCAAUAUUCACAUAUGCACACCGCUGGGUACCUAUAACACGGUCUUUCAGGCGGAAUGUAUGGGUAUCAUUCAAGCGGCCAUAGCAAUAGAUGCUAGGAAGGUUAAUGACUUCCCCAUCAGAAUACUGACCGACAGUAGGGCGGUACUCCAAGCCCUGAGAUGCAAUGUGGUGAACUCGGGACUAAUAUAUGAAUGCCAUCAACGAUUAAAUGAGGUAUGUAAAAACAACAAUGUGACCCUGCAAUGGAUAAAGGGACACAGUGGAUCCAGAGGCAACGAUGCAGCAGACGAACUGGCCAGAAGAGGAUCGGCUUUGGCCACUAUAGGGCCGGAACCAAUCAUACCAAUCCCCUUUGGUAACGUUUGUUCACUGGUACGUAGACACUUCACUAAUCAACACGCUCAGCUUUGGAAAAAUCUAGUAGACUGUAGACAAGCUAGGGAUGCCCUGCCUGAAAUUAACAGUCGCUUAACAAAAGUUUUAAUGAGACUGAACAAGCCGCAGAUUAGGAUAGUAACAAGUGCUAUCACAGGACACGGCACCUUUAACAAACAUUUAUUUACUAUAGGUGUUACAGAUAGUCCCCUGUGCAGGGCAUGUAUGGGGGAGGAAGAAACGGCGGCCCACGUGCUACUGAAAUGUCCGGAGGUCGCUACAUACAGGGCUAAACAUCUCGGCACGCCGGGAUCACUCCCCGAAGUUGCAUGCAACAUCAAGGGCCUGUUGAGCUUCUUCGGAGAGAUCUCAUGGCUCGAAUAA